CUGCCAACACUAAUUUUUUCAUUGUGUUUUCUUAAAUCCGCUUUCGUUUCACAGUCAGUGUGGCAGAUGAAACAAGCAAAAUCACAAGGAAACUUACGAAAUGAUUACAUUCGUGCUUGAUCUGGUGCAGCAAAUCGUCAUCGAAAGCCGUAGGUAAAAUGUCCCCUGUGACUAGUUUCAGUGUAUUGAAGCAACAAACAAAAAAGUGCGCUGUUUAAAUGCACGAGUGCGCUAAGACGAUCGCCGAUCGUCACCCCUUUACGUAGCGGAAGUUCCGGAUUUCGCUGUUUCCAGUGCAUCGUGAAAACAAAUUUACAGUGCUAGACACUGAAUCCCAACGUUUGCUUACAUUGUCCCCGUAACAACCAUGCUGCUUCAAACGCUCGGUUAUGAUGCCAUAUGGUUGUACUCAAUUUCGGUUGUUGUGAUGGUCAGCAUGAUAACCGCGGUUUUAUCAUGCCUAUGCUGCCGACGAAAGCAAGAGAUCAAAAAUGAUCUUCUCGGUCUCGAAGGUAUGGUAAAGCUGACAAAUCCUGAGGACACCUUAGUGAACUCCGGCUUGGCUAGUCCCAUAAAUAAUCCUUCCGCCGCGAACGGUUCACUAGGAACAGCAUCGUCAGCUGGGACAGAAUUCCGCCCAGCCAGUGCUGGUGGUGGCAUCGGAAUAGAUAACGAAGGCAGCAGUAAAAGGACUUCAAAUGCACCGCAUAGAAGUCUUCCAGAUAUACCUAUAGCGGAACCAGCGGGCGACAACAACUCCGAACUUUACGCCACCGUUGGUGAUAAAGUGCAGGAUUUACCCCAAGGACGAAGUCCAUCGGCAAGCCUGAAAAAACAAACCAGUGUCUCGCAGCACAGUUCCAUCAGCCAGGCGGAUGACAUUAGUUCUCCUUACGCACGUGUUCGAUCUCCCCCACAUGCGUACGAUAAGCUACGUCGGAUGGAGCAUCCGUACGCUCAGGUGACUCAGCCGGGAAAUAGUACCGCAGGUGGUGGGGUCGGCGAUGUCGGGCCAUCCGGUUUGUCCAGUCGCAUCAAGCCGCGGGACGGCGAUGAGGAUGACGAUGAGGACGAAGAUGAUGACGAAUUGAUGAGUCCGAUUUCACGUCGCGAAUCGACCCAAAAUCUGGAAGAUAGGGAAACAGCAACUGUGGACAUUCCGGCUGCUUCCGCAAUUGCUGGACGUGUAUCUGCUAGUCAAGAUCUACCCUACAUGACGCCACCGAUAGUGCAACCAUCCACGCAGCAUUUUAGUGGCGAUUCCCAGGACUCUUCAAAAGGAUACACCAGCAUCAGCGUUCGAGAACCUUUGGCCAAUCUGUUACCUCAAAAAGUACAGAACCAAGCCAAGCGGCGGCAAAUACUUGGGGAUUCUCACUACGCCACCGUCUCAGACGAUUCUGACGAGAUGUACGCCGCCAUCGAUGACCCAAACAAUCAAGGCGAUCUGUACACGAGUGGGUCAGAAACGUACGCGCAAAUUCAACCCCCAAACGCGGUAACGGUAUCGGUCGAGAUAAACACCGGUGCAUCGAGCCGACCACAACCGGCUUCGAUGCAAGCGGCACAAUCGACGGGUCCCGAGGCGCUCGACGGAAACAGUCCCGCCGUCGUUCACCCCACGACGGCUACAUUGAACCGUUUGAGUAACCAUAGCAAUACGACGGCGUCCGGCGAUGAACAACAUAUGCACGGAAUGCCGUCUGCACAUUUACCGCCUCCCGACGGCGGGGGUGGUUUGAGGGCACAAUCUUUCGUGCAGCACUCGCGCCAAGCGUCGUCCUCCAGUUGCACCAGCUCGGUGGGAAAUCUGGGAUCACCGAAACCGGAGAAACGGCAGGCCAACAGUCCGCUCCCUCCGACACCAAAGACGCUGAAACAUCAGGCGAACAAUUUCUUCAGCAACUCGAAUCAAUCGAUGCUUGGCGUGGGAAGUGUAACGUCGUCCAGCUCGACAACCGUCGCUUCCGGGCGGAAUUCGGCGGCGUCGGUAAUUACCGACUAUGGUGGCACAAUCGGCGUAGCGUCGUCGAGGGAAACCAUUGUGACCAAGGCUGACAUCGAUACGUCGGGCACGAUACCCAACGGUUCCGCUGGAGGAAAUAGACCGAAGAAAAGUCCGUCGAAAGAUUUGGAGGGAAUGUACGCGAAGGUAAUGAAAAAGAACAAGCUGUCAAAAGUACCGUCACAAAAUUCGUCUCCAGUGGCUCUAAGAAAAGAUGGUUCAUCCAAUGAGCAGUACCCGAAGCAGCAAACUGUCUCCGACAUGGCGCAGCUGAACGGCACCAGCAGUGGUGGAUCACCAAGCAGGAAAACGAUUCCUCACACGUCCUUGCACGGAGGAGAUGGCGGCAAACAGCGACCACUUCGAAACAGCGCCGGGAUGUACGACACCAGGGACCCGGGAUACGAAACAAUUCCAGGUGACGGUAUGAAAGGGGUCGGCGGAGGUACGACGGAGAACGCACGCAAAUCGGCCGAUUAUGCGCAGAUACAAAAGCUUCACCGAAAUGUCGCCUCCGGAGCAGUAAGCGGUUCCGGUAGCAGCAAUGCGGGCAUGAGUGGCGGUCGACCAUUGGGCGCUGCCGUUGCGCAAGGUAUAGGACAAGUUUCUCUCGGUUCGCUGGAAAUAUGUCACGGUAUUGACGAGCAUUAUGACCGAUUCUUUGCAGCGGACAACGAGCCGGGGUAUGAGAGUUUACCAGACACGCGUGGCAUUGCAAACGACCCGGGGUACGAAACACUGAACCGUGGAUCGCAACGCACCACAGAAUCGGAUUCCGAUCCGAACUACGAAAUAUUGCGGCCAGCGAACAAAAAACCCGCACCAGUGAGUCAAACGAACGCUCGAUUGCCGGCCUCGGAAGGAUCGAGGGACAGCGAUGGGUACAGCAGCAUCCGAGAUCCGGAUCGAUAUCCCCCGGUUGCGAAAGGAAGCGUUAGAAAUCGGUUGAGCUUCGGUGGUGGAGCUGCUAAUGCCCCGACAGAAGAUGACGAUACAGAUAGCACUCCUGGAUAUAGCAGUAUAAAAGAGAGAGAAGAAUACGAUCCUGGAUAUAGUGUAAUUUCGGAGCGAAAGAAGCCACCUCUCGGUCACGAUUACGCCAGCAUUACGGAGGAUGUGAAGAAACGAAAACCGAACAUAAACAACAACCUAGAACCAGAUGAAGAGUCGGAUAUCUACUCGAGCAUUCCGCACACUGCUUCCGGCACUCUUACGUUAACAUCUCCCGUAGCACCCGCGACGAUUGAAGCAACGAUUGAAGCGACGAGUCCGGGUGCAGGAACAACGGUGGCUGACACCAUUACCAAUUACUCCACCAUCCCCGAGAGGCCAAAUGUUGGAAACACAUGCACGCUCUCGUCUUCUCCGGCGUACUCUAGCAUCUCCGAAACACGCACAACUCCCUCCUCCACCGAUGGGGACGGGGAUGGGAGCACCAGUUCCCCGGACCAACUGAUUGGCUAUAAUAAACACAACAAUACCAAUACCACCGUAACGACGACCAACAGUCUGAGCAGGAUAUCGAGCAACUACGAGUCGCUAACGGGAAGUGAAUCGGACCCCAACUAUGAAUCGGUGAAGUAUCUGAACGUAACAGAGAAUCCAUACGAACGGUUGCACAACGAAGCAGGCGCUGCUGCAUCCAAAGCGCUCCGGAAAUCGGUCACGAAUGAUUCUCUUACGACAGACUCCGAUACGGCUACCCCAACGCCGAACGUAGGCGCUCCGACGAUGGUUGCACCUGGCCGCACCGCCAGCGGUACACCGGAUAGUGAAGGCGCUGCCACGGCUGUCAGUGACUACUUUCCAGUUUAACUGGCCAUGAUCGGUUCCAAAGAUGAAUCAUCUCGCCGGUUCGUAUGGGUUGAAAGGUUUGCGUAGGAUUUCGAUUGUAAAUUUACCCACAAACAUUAUUAUUACUAUUAUUAUCAUUAUUAUUUACCGAGCAGCCGUGUAGCUGGUACGAAGUGCAGGGUUUUUUGUCUUUGGUUUGGCAAAGGAAAGCUACAAUUCAUCUGCAGCUUUCAGAAACGGAGGAAGUUUACACCGUGUUUUGAAGCGAUAUUAAUAUUUAUUGGUUUUAUAUUGAACAAAUGGAGGUCUCGAUGAAAUCGAUCUUCGGGUGAAAAGCGUCAUCGAAAGACGGACAUCGUUAAAAAAAUAGCGACAUUGUGCCUAUUUUUGGGAAAAAAAAACUAGCAAACACACACUUAUUAUUCCUAGGAGCCCGUUCCGGUAACUGUAGAUUAUUUAUUUGUAACCUUUUGAUAGAGAUAUAAUUUGUUUCUAUUCUUAUUAUCACAUUAGGUAAGGUAAUACCCACGUUUGUGAGCGUAUCUCUGUGUGUUUAUGUGUGCGUUCUAAGGGAGCAUAAGAAAAAUUUAACGAAGAAAAAGAAGACUAAAUGAAGUCAGAACUAGGCUAGAGGUAUGGCAAUGUUUAGGGAACUUUAACGUCCACUAGUAGCGACUAGUACUGCUAAGCAUUAAACACAAAGGUAGUUCGAUUAUACAAUUAUUCAUCCGACUGACCGGGGAUAUCCUCGGCUAGGAUCCCACCAGAUAUAGUGAAACGGAAUCGUGAUGGGGUCAUUCUUAGAAAAUAUGUAUCGUACCGCGGACCCUGUGAUCAAUGUUGAGAGGAUAAUUUAUGAAAGGAGAAGUAGCGCAUCUCGCAACAACGAAAAAACGUGUGAAACCAACGUGCAAGUAUUGUCUCAUAGGUAGUGUCUCAUGGGUAACUUCUUUUUCUUGCUACUUUCAUCGGGCUCUUCUGUAUGCUCCAAAUCUCACCCACAAGCCCCCUGCUUCCUAUUUUCCUCUGUAGAAUUGGAAAGCUACUGUAAAUCGUGCAAUGGAGCGUUGGCAACAACCAUAUUCCCUAUUCCAUUGGAAUGAUGCGUGUAAUAUUUAUUAUUGACAGAAGAAGCUAAGCUUAUCUAAGCAGGCCACUGCAUUUACCCACACUACUCUACUUCCCUUCUCAUGCUGUUGAGUAUUUUGUUUUAUUAUAUUUAAUUUUAUAAUCAGCCUACGCGUAUUACUUGUUAACAAUUGUUA